CACGCUCGUCUUCUGGCAGUUGUUGCCCCGUUUCGCUUUGACUAAUUCGUGUUUUUUUGUAUCUCCGCGUUUCUCCAUUUAAACCAAAUAAUAACCAAAUAACCGAAUAAAUCAAAAUGGAAUAUAAUAACAUUACUCGGGAUUAGAUUAGUGACGCAUAAGAAGCGGAACUCGCUGCUGUGCUGCAAGUGGAUUAUGUACAUGAAAAAGUGUAAACGCAAACAGUGCAAAAAAUGUGCUAAAAAUAUGGUAGAACGAAAGAUAAUGAAGAAAACAGAUAUCGAGCAAGUUCCAUUGAUAGCUUGACAGAGAGCUGAUCAUGAUUGGUGGCGGUAAAAGAUGCAGCGAGGCAGCUCGACGUCUGCGCCAGCGUCCAGAUACAUUGGAGCUGGCGGUGCUAGAUGGACAAGAGGUGGAAAAGCAGGAUGAUGAUCAGACCCCAUCCGGAGCAAUCGGAGAACCAGCAGCCACAGCAUCCACAUCAUCGUCCACAAAGAAAACAUGUUGGUUCCAGUUUGCCAGGAGCUCCCGGAAUCGAAGAAAACGCCUGCACUGCGAGGAGGAUGAAGAGGAAGUGGAUAAUGGACGGAAGGCUUGUCUUGCACAACCGGAGGGCAUGAAUAUAGGCAGCUCCACCCAGACCAUAGCCACGCCACUGAUGAUAGGCGAUAGCUUCUACAGUCUGGCCACAGCAGCUCCAAAUCCAGCAGAAGAUACAAACCCCGAGGACCAAGAACAGUACAAGCAAAGGGAUCCUUCGGAGGUCUCGGAAUCGAAAUCGACGCGUAGUCGUAGUCUGAGGCGUCUCUCCCAGAUGCGGAGACGUCGCAGUUCCUACUACUUUUCGGAGAACGAACGCAGAAUCCGCGCCAAUGACAAAGAGUUUAAUCUUCAGUACAAAUAUCAUAACAACUACAUCAAGACCUCCAAGUAUUCGGUGUUCACCUUCCUGCCGUUCAAUCUGUUGGAGCAGUUCCAGCGUUUGGCCAACUUUUAUUUCCUCUGCCUGCUAGUUCUGCAAUUGAUUCCCGCAAUAUCCUCACUCACCCCCGUCACCACUGCGAUACCUCUGAUUGGAGUACUCACGCUGACCGCUGUCAAAGAUGCCUAUGAUGAUAUUCAAAGACAUCUGUCCGACUCACAGGUGAACAAUCGAAAGUCCAAAACCCUGAGGAAUGGCAAACUGGUGGAUGCCAAGUGGUCGGAGGUUCAGGUGGGUGAUGUCAUCCGGCUGGACAACAAUCAAUUUGUGGCCGCCGAUAUCCUGCUGCUGACCACAUCGGAGCCCAAUGGCUUAUGCUUCAUUGAGACUGCGGAGCUGGAUGGUGAGACCAAUCUAAAGGCCAAACAAUGUCUGACGGAGACCAUUGAGCUGGGGGAUCACCAUGAUGCGCUGUGGAACUUCAAUGGCGAGAUCCUCUGCGAGAGACCCAACAAUCUCCUGAACAAGUUUGACGGCACUUUGAUCUGGCGUAAUCAGCGAUUCGCGCUGGACAAUGAGAAGAUUCUGCUGAGGGGCUGUGUGUUACGAAACACCCAAUGGUGCUAUGGCGUUGUGGUCUUUGCAGGAGUGGACACCAAACUGAUGCAGAACUCUGGAAAGACACAGUUUAAGAGUACAGGCGUGGAUCGUCUGCUUAACUUUAUCAUCAUUGGGAUUGUUCUCUUUCUGGUGUCCAUCUGUGCCUUAUUUGCCGUUGGCUGUGCCAUCUGGGAGGGAUUCAUAGGACAGCAUUUCCAGGUGUAUCUGCCCUGGGAGCAUAUCAUACCCAAGGACUAUAUACCCACUGGGGCCACAGUCAUUGGAUUGCUUGUUUUCUUCUCGUAUGCCAUAGUCUUAAACACUGUUGUGCCAAUCUCUCUCUACGUUUCAGUAGAGGUAAUACGCUUUAUACAGUCGUUUCUCAUCAAUUGGGAUGAGGAAAUGUAUUAUGCACGCACCAAUACUUAUGCCAAAGCCCGCACCACCACGCUCAACGAGGAGUUGGGCCAGAUACAGUACAUAUUCUCGGACAAGACGGGCACUCUCACUCAGAACAUCAUGACGUUCAACAAGUGCAGCAUCAAUGGGCGCACCUAUGGCGACGUGAUUGACUUGCGAACAGGAGAACCCAUCGAAGUCACUGAGCAGCAAACAAUUUUCCACAAUAGCCCCAGAAAUCCCGAAGAGGUUCCCACAGGAACAGCAACAGCAACAGCAGCAUCAACAAAGCAGCCACCCCUCAUCCUUGUGCACAAAGCGGAGAUCCAUGCGAAGAAGAGCUCUGUUAUGGUCACCGCCGAGGGUGAGACACAAUUGGCCAACAGUCCAUCAUCUGACAGAGCGGAAAUGGAGCAUUCGGCUCCGCUGCCGCCUCCGCUGGACUCCCAGAGGAAUCGGGGACGCAAACAAGUGCGCUAUUCGGCGCCCAGCAGAAGCCAAGAGGAGGACCCUGGGGGGACAAUCCCUGGCGGAUUGUCGACCCCUAGAGGAUUGUCUCCCUCUGGUUAUGACAGUCAAAGAAGCAGCAGUAGGAACAGCGCAGGAGGAUUGGGUGUCUGCUUUAAGCGGAGCGGACCGGGGCUUAUGCAACGUCAACUGUCCAGCACAAGCAGCAGCGACAAAGUAAAGAUCUUGCAUGACAUCGAACAAACACAACCUCACAUAUACCACCACGACCAGAACCACCACAGUCAGCACCACCACCACCAACAAGAGCCACAACACAAUGGCCGGUUGGUCAAGCUCAAGUUCAAGAAAUCCCCAUCAACAGCAUCGCUGCGUGUCCCCGUCUGUCUGAACCACAGCGACACAGAGGAACAGACGCUGCCGGCACCGCCAACCGCACAGCACCAAAGCACCAACCACCACAAUCACCACAAUGAAUCAUUUGCCACCAAUUGGAGUUCGUCGCGUCAGAGAGUGCACGCCUUGCAAUGCGUCGACUUCUCAGCCAAUCCUCACCACGAGAGCGACUUUCGCUGGUACGAUCGAACGCUGCUGGAUGCAGUGCGCUCGGAUGAGGAGCAUUCCCAUGUAUUCUUUCGUCUGUUGGCCCUCUGCCAUACAGUCAUGGCGGAGACUGUGGAGGGAAAGCUGGAGUACCAGGCCCAGAGUCCCGAUGAGGCGGCUCUAGUGGCGGCUGCUCGCAAUUUUGGUUUUGUAUUUCGCUCACGAACACCAAACAGUAUUACCAUCGAAGUGAUGGGUCGAUUGGAGGAAUACGAGCUCCUCAACAUUCUCGAUUUUAACAAUGUGCGCAAGCGCAUGUCUGUGAUCCUACGACGAGGCGACUCCGUGGUGCUGUACUGCAAAGGAGCGGACAAUGUGAUAUACGAUCGUUUACACAGCGGCCAAGAGGAUCUAAAAGCCCGCACACAAGAUCACCUCAAUAAAUUUGCUGGCGAGGGUCUGCGCACACUGGUCCUGGCCGAGCGGCGACUCACCGAACAGUACUACAAAGACUGGCGGACGCGACAGCAGGAGGCCGCCUUGGCCAUGGAUUCGCGGGAAGAAAAGCUGAAUGAGAUAUAUGAAGAGAUCGAGAGCGAUAUGCAGCUUGUGGGAGUGACGGCCAUUGAGGACAAACUGCAGGACGGUGUGCCCAAGGCCAUUGCAAAUCUACAAAGUGCAGGGAUAAAGAUAUGGGUUCUAACAGGAGACAAGCAGGAAACGGCCAUCAAUAUUGGAUACUCCUGCCAGCUGCUGACGGACGAGCUGGCAGAUGUCUUCAUCGUCGAUGGCAAUUCUGUGGAAGAGGUGGAGAAGCAAUUGAGACAGUUUAAAGAAUCCAUCAAGAUAUACAAUCGAUUUCGACCAGGAGGAACCGAAGCUCUUUACAAUAGCGACAGCAACAUGGAUCCUCUGAGCGUGACCAUGACACAGACCUCGGUCUUUAUGCACGAGUCGAGCGCACCGCCCACGCCGCCGCCACCGCCCGCCAUAUCGGUGGUUACCUUUAGGUGGGAUGACAAAAAUAAGGAUAAUAAGGGCGGACCGGACAGCGCCGAGUGCAACGAUUUGUUUGGGGAUGAGAAGAGGAGCUUAGAUGGUGGUGCUGCCUCCAUAGUGAUAGAUGAGACCACUGGCUUUGCUUUGGUCGUUAAUGGCCACUCACUUGUUCAUUGUCUGUCGCCGGAAUUGGAGAUCAAAUUCCUGGACAUUGCCUCACAGUGCAAGGCAGUCAUCUGUUGUCGGGUUACUCCACUGCAGAAGGCCCUGGUCGUGGAACUUAUUAAGCGUGCCAAAAAUGCCGUCACCCUGGCCAUAGGCGAUGGUGCCAACGAUGUAUCGAUGAUCAAGGCUGCUCAUAUAGGUGUGGGCAUAUCGGGUCAAGAGGGCCUACAGGCUGUUCUCUCCAGCGAUUAUUCCAUUGCCCAGUUCCGGUAUCUGGAGAGGCUGUUGCUGGUCCAUGGUCGUUGGUCUUACUACCGGAUGUGCAAGUUUCUUCGCUACUUUUUCUACAAGAACUUUGCAUUUACUCUGUGCCAUUGCUGGUAUUCGCUGUUCUGCGGCUUCAGUGCUCAGACCGUUUUCGAUCCCAUGUUCAUAUCGGUGUAUAACCUGUUCUACACUUCGCUGCCUGUUUUAUCUUUGGGCAUCUUCGAGCAGGAUGUCUCGGACAAAAACAGCCUGGAAUAUCCGCGUCUCUAUACUCCGGGUCUUAAGAGUGAACUCUUUAACAUACGUGAAUUUAUAUACAGCGUGCUACAUGGUGCCUUUACCUCUCUUGUCCUGUUUCUGAUACCCUAUGGCGUCUAUAAGGAUGGUGUCUCUCAACAUGGUUACAUAUUGAGCGAUCACAUGACCCUUGGUGCCGUUGUGGCCACCAUACUCAUCGUGGAUAAUACAGCACAGAUCUCUCUGUACACUUCUUAUUGGACCGUUGUGAAUCACAUAACGAUUUGGGGCAGCUUGGUCUGGUAUUUUGUGCUAGAUUAUUUCUAUAAUUAUGUAAUUGGAGGUCCCUAUGUCGGAUCGUUGACACAGGCCAUCAAGGAUCUUACCUUCUGGAUGACCAUGUUGAUAACGGUGAUGGUGCUGGUGGCUCCUGUGUUGGCGUACAAGUAUUAUCUUCUGGAUGUGCAUCCGAGCUUGUCGGAUAAGAUCCGCCAAAAGUCUUUGAAGAAGUUCCAUUCGAGAGCCUCCAGCGAUGUUCGACGGACUCCAUCCUCACGUCGUGGACGUCGCUCUGUGCGUUCAGGCUAUGCCUUUGCUCAUCAGGAGGGCUUUGGACGUCUCAUCACUUCGGGCAAGAUCAUGCACAAGAAGCCGCAAGACUUUGCCUUUCCUCUUGGCUUAGGCACAAAGAAGACUCAGGCCCUGCACAACAAUCUCGCCUCUGCAGAUCAGACCAAGACCAAUUCCUCGGGUAACCACAUGGGCAACAACAACAAUACCAAUCAGAGGCACAAUCAGAACCAGAAUCACUCAUCCAUGGCGGAUAUAAGUGUCGAAGGACGUGUCCAUGGGGCAGAUGCAGGAGGCAGUGGUGGCACCGAGGAUAUGAGCCCUCGGGCCCCCUGCCAAGAUCUAGACACAAUUAAUCUUUAAGCUUUAGCAUCGGGUGCCGGAUCGUAACAAACACCAAAAACACUGUAAAGAAUUUAAGUUCGCGAAAAGGGUUAGGAGUUAAGAGUUAAAGUAGGAAAUAGCUUGGGUAGAUAUAGUCUUUUGUGUGUGUGUUGUGUGAAUGUGAGUCCCAGAAGUAUUACAAAGAAUGUUUAACGGAUUUGAAAAUUUUACCCCAUUUUACCCUUAGUUAUAUUUACAGGUUGAUUAUGUUUUAAGGAUUAUUUAUAGAUAUUUUCAUAGUAUUUGUAGAGUGGGAAAUCAUCAUCCAAAGAUAACCAUAGUAUCGCCCGUAGAGUCCCUUAGUUAAGUCCUUUCUUACGUUUCCUCUGUGUGAUAGAAUCCCUGUUUAAAGUGGUUCGAAUAUGAUUACAAUCCAUUGAAUCUAUGCUGAGCUUACCGGCGUCUCUAGCCAAGUAGUUUCCUUAAAAGCUAUCUAAUCCCUUGACAAUCUGCUGGAACCAAUCGCUAAGAUAUCAUUCAUCGCGCACCCGUCCCCCCACUGAAAGCACAAAAAUCUCUUCUACCACGUAUUUAUCUCAUUGUUAAAUGCAUUUAAUCGAGUGAAUCUAUUGAAACCACAGCCCCUAUGGAGUGAUUGUGAGUACGUUUGAGGAUAGUCAUAGACUUAGAAUAGAACUAGUCUUAAAUGUUGGAUAACUGAAAGUGUACUUAAAUGCUUAAUGUCGUGCUGUGUGCUUAGCCAAUAGCUUAACUUACCUAUAGAAAACGAUUUCGGAUCGAAAAGUCCAAAGCUUAAUACUAGAUACUCCUCUCCAACACACACAACUCUUAAACAUAGACAAGUCCA